UUGACGUGGCAAAGGAGCUUAAGUAAUUGUAAUGUGCGCAUCCCAAAUGGGAACGCACUCUACUCUUACGAACCAAGAGGGACACCUCAUAAUUCCCACAAUAGUGAUAUGGAUGAAUAAACCUUCGGUUUUGCGCCCAUCCUCUAUUGUGGAAGUAUGAGGAUACCCGCACCAACACCACCCUAAGCCAAGGUGUUGAGGUACCCGUGCCGAUGGCUGAAUGGUCAGCGGGCGGUAAUGAAUAGCUGAUCGCUAACGGUCCCCUCCGAUGCCCGGGCGAGGUCGGAUGUAUUAAAUGCCUUCUCUACGCAUACCGGCUCUGCGGACGAGUGACCAACCCUUUCCGGCCUACUCGUGGGACCAAAAAUGAACAAUGAAAAUACAACAACAACAACCAACUUGACGCCAACAACGACGAUUACGGGAACAGCUACACAACUACCGACAUAUCAGAAUCCAAUAAUCAAAUCGGAGGAGGACGACCUAAUCGCCUUCAGCCAGGAGACGAUUAAGAGUACUACCGAACGUAUCAGUAACAGCACACCGGUAGUGACAGCAGCGGAAACCGCCAAACCAAAAGUGGAAGCCUCCACUUCCAAAGCUGCCAUUGCCACCCACCAAAGUGCGCUGGUAGCUAAAGUAGACAACCACCACAAGAAACGUAAAAAAACACAGAAUCAACUGAGGAAACGCCGGUACCAGCAAGCAGUCUUUAUACUUGGUAAGAAGGCCAAAGAUCAGGCAGCCGGAAUCCCAGUAGAUGAGGACGAAAUCAAGCGUCUUAAACAGAUAGUGGAGGAUUACGAAAGCUUCCUGAAAGGGAAGCAAUCCGAACCUCAAAACGAAAGUACAAACCAGAGAAGUUCCCUAAAAAGGAAUCGCCCAACCACCGAAUCGCAAGGCACUCUGCCCAAAAAACCUAGGCGGAGUGAAGGGGAACAAAGCAGCUCAACAGCGGCAAGACAUUUCUGCGAUGUAGCCAGAGAUAGCCUACAAGUAGCCGUUAUAGACGGCAACUCCUCCUCACCAAGCACAGUGCAGGAACGAUGGGUAGAGAUCGACGUCAGAUUGUCGAGUAUGGUGCUAAGCUAUGUACUCGACAAUCCUGAGGGUCCUUACCCAGAGUUUGACUCCUCUGAAACCGUUAGGGGUUACAGGGUCAUCAAAUGCGCGGACCAGAGCUCUCUAGAUUUCUUAACGGGUAGCGUUGCUAAAAUUAGCAACGCCUUUGUAGGCCUCCAACUGAGGCUUAUACCCGCCAAGGAUAUCCCGAAGAGACCUCGUGCUCGCAUUUGGCUACCCCCGCUAGCGGACCCAGGCGAAAAACUCCUCAAGUGUAUUAAGCUGCAAAACAGAGCUAUAUCAGGCAUAAAUAAGUGGCAGCUGAUUAAGGAGGAGAAACCAAACAAAGCAAGUAGACCAAUUCUAGUGGCGAUUUGCGAUGAGUCCAUAGAGGCUCUUACGAAGGCUGACAACAAAAUCAGCUUCGGCAUUCGCAAGGCUAGGAUAAAAAUCUUCCAAGGCGACAAAGCGGCUGACGAAGACGACACGGACGAGGUCGACGACGCUAGCCAGCUGCUAAGGAACGGGGACAUCAAGGAAAUGCAAGACGAACAAUAGCCUUAGAUAUGUGCAGAUAAACCUGCAGCACUCGAAUAGUGCUACAGCCAAUCUGACAACCCUCAUUAAGGAGAGGGGCAUCGACAUCAGCCUUAUACAGGAGCCAUAGGUUAAUGAAGAUACCAUUAAAGGGCCAAACAGCAGUAACUGUAACAUUUUUUACACACGUAACGAAGCACAACAGAUAUCACGGUGGUAAAGGUGGAGCAAAAGAAAAACCAUUUCUUCUUGGUCUCAGCGUACAUGGCUCAUGACGUGGACAUACCACCGGCAUCACUCAUUAGAGUAAUCGAGAACAAUAAAAAAGGAUGAUUUCCUAAUAGGGUGUGAUGCCAACGCAAAGCACACCUUAUGGGGAAGCUCCAAUACAAACACCAGAGGAAUAAACUCUCACCUCAUCAAGUUUUUUUCGUGAUGCAGUACGUAUUUGGUUGCAGUUCUAUUCUAUCAUUUCCAAUAUAUAAAAAUUGUAUUACAUCUUAGACCGGAUAUAUUUUUUAUGUUAGAUGUUGCGUUUUGUUUGUUAUGAAUCUUGUGCGUGAAAAUAAAUAAAAAUAAAAUUUCCUAUAA